ACCUUCAAUCCUUCCCGCUCUCUCUGACUCUUUGACUUCUCUCAGGAAAACCUUCGAGUUUCCUCUCUCUCUGUCUCUCUCAAAUUCCUAUUGUUGUAGUUUACCUCAUUCCCUAUUCUAAAACAGAUUAUCGCGGGGGUGAAGAGGGGACUGCUGAUUGUCAGGCCCAUUUCUGGCGACUUGACAUCAGCAACCUGAUCGACAAUUUCUCUUCGGAACUCUUAGUUAAUGGAAAUGCCAGUAAUUUGACUAGAUAUGGGAACUGCGAAUGCUGAAUCAGAUCAGACAUCUCCAGGUACAGAAUCUGAGCAUAAGAUCACAACUAAUGGUAAUUUGAGGAUAAGUUUUCCUUCAAAAUUAAGUUCAUCUUUCUCCUCAUUUUCUUCAUCUCCUGAGUCUACGUUGGAAGAUCCUUUCCAAGAAGAUGAUGAACAAGAUAUGUCCAUAAGCACUACUGCCACGCCUAAGCUUGACAAGGAUGCUCAAUUAGCUUUUGACUAUGGUGAAAGGGAUGCGUAUGGGAGUUCUAUAACCAAACAUGAACAAGCAAAUUAUGACUUGGCAGCCUCCGCAUUACCAGUGGCAGCUACAAGUCAUACUCCUAAAGCAAGUUCAGACACCAAGUCAACAACAGAGUGCCCUCCUACUCAGGUGAUGGAGCAUCCUAGUAACUCUUCUUUAUAUAGGAUUCCGUCUUCGGUGUUUGCCAGAACAAAGUCUACAAGCCCAGUGGAAUGGAGUGUAGCUUCCAAUGAAUCGUUGUUCAGCAUUCACAUGGGGAAUAUGAGUUUUACCAAAGAUCAUUUUUUCUGGAGAUCUGGAGAGCUGGGCACGCCUGGAGAAGCUUCUACAUCUGGCUCAUUGUUCAACUUCCCUACCAACCAGUCCCUGGUGGGAAAAUCAACCAACUCUGGUAAAAGUUGCGAGAUAGGUGUAGCAGAGGAAGCUGUUGAGACUAUGAAGGAGGUGUUGAUGGAAAGUUCAGAGGAUCAAAACAAUAAAAGAUUUCUUACUGAGGGGCGCAUUUCACGUCGUUCUGAGGAGAGUAGCACAAGUACCAAAUCUUUUGCAUUUCCAAUAUUGGCAACAGAUGUAGCUAGUGGUAAUUCAAUGAAAGGCAAUUCUGUGAGAAUAGGCCCACAAAAACAACCGCCCCUGUCACAGCAGCUGUCAAAGUCAUUGUUGCAGCCUCAGCUACAUCCAUCGGCGCAGCCAGAGCCAAAAACCCCUGCAGCAACCCCAGAAGUGGUUCAAACCAGGUGGUUUUCUUGUUGGCCAUGCUGGUUGUGCAGCUCAUGCUGUUCUUGAGAUAGACUGACUUACCAAAUUGUUGGGUUCACUACUAAUGCACAGUAUGACUGUCUUCUUGUUAAAUUGAUGGAACAUCUAUGCAGACUCGUUGCAUAGUUUGAAGCAUCAUUGGAAACACCAAGUAAGCAAAAAAUUAGAUUUCAGGUAUGCUGUUUCUCUACCUGCAGGAAAGACGAGGAAUAUGGCUUCCCAUACACAUGGUGGGAUCUGUUGGAUAUAUUAGGGUUGAGUGAACAAGACUAGCCAAUAGGGGCGAUCCUGUUUUCCAUAUUUUGACAUUGUUGUGUUAGUACACUUGACUCAUCACCUUCUAGUUUUUGUAUUCUGAUGUACCGAUUACAUACUAAAGUAGGAAGGCUCAAAUUACAAUUAGCGUUGAAACUUGCAGGAGGAUGUGAUCAAAUGUCG